CGCGUUACACUGACCGACUACAGAGGCCGCGUCCUGCUCGACACCUUUGUGCGCCCGACACAGCCGGUCUGUGACUACAGAACGUCGGAGACGGGGCUGCAGGCCCACCAUCUAGCAGACGCGCCCGUCUUCAUCGACGUCCAGCGUCAGGUGGCUUCUAUCAUCCGGGAUAAAAUUCUGGUAGGCUACGCGUUAUGGGAGUUCCUCUCGGUAAUGGGCCUCGCACACCCCGCCAUCAACACCCGCGACACCGCUCUCUUCAUGUCCUUCCGACGGACACUAGGCUAUAGGCCGGGCGCCAUGGUCCCGUUGACGACGCUGGUGCAGCAGUUUAUGGGGAGGAACAUCGGGCAGCAUGGGGACAUACCAGUGGAGCGGGCCCGAGCAGCUCUCGACCUCUUCCGUUCGUGCGAGCAGAUUUGGGAGGGGAUCAUCGACAGUGGGGCGUGGCCGUGCGCAUUACCACCCGUCGAGCACCGGGGAUGCUUCACAUAA